AAAAAAAUUAUGGUCAGAAGAGAUCUUGAGACUAGCGGUGGGAGAACCAAGAACAACAGAACAGAGGAAAACUACAUUGCGCAUGAGUCUUCUAAUCUUUACGAAGCUGAUACCCAUUGGACAUCAUGGCUGGUUCCUAUGUUUGUGGUUGCUAAUAUUGUUGUUUUUGUUAUUUUCAUGUACAUCAACAAUUGUCCCAAGAAUAACCUUGGUCCCCAAGGUGGCGGCGUGGCCAAGUUCCUUGGAAGGUUCUCCUUCGAACUUAGGCAGGAGAAUCCAUAUCUUGGUCCUUCUUCUUCAACAUUGACCAAGAUGGGAGCCCUUCGGUGGGAUAAUGUUGAGAACGGGCAUCAAGGAUGGAGACUUGUCACUUGCAUUUGGUUACAUGCUGGGAUUAUUCAUUUGCUUGCUAACAUGUUGAGUCUGGUAUUCAUUGGGAUUCGUCUGGAACAACAAUUCAGGUUUGUGAGGAUUGGAGUUAUAUACCUUGUGACUAUCCAGGAUCAAUAUCCUGAGUUCAACCUUGUGGACAAGGUUGUUGAAGGAGAGGAGGGUAAUGUUAGGACAUAGGGUAUGUGGAUAUAAUAGGAAAGGGGAUUAGGAUAGGAGGCAAAGGAGUUGUAUAAAUAGUUGUUUGUUUAGUGGAGGGGGGACUUUUGGCAGUUAGAUUGUUGACAGGCUUUGUCCUGUGGAGAGAAAGGACCGGAUUGAAUAUUUUUUAACGAAAUAUGGAGUUUUACUGAAUUUUUUUAAAAGGUAGGAUUACUUUGAACCAAACCCCUAAAAGUAGGGACCAAAUGAUGUAUUAAACCAUAUAAAUAACAUUUAACUCUCCACCUUUUAAAUCCCUUGAUGAGGGAUUUAUUCUAGAGGGGCCUGUGCUCAUGUCAGUAUAACGGUGAUGAACUUCACUAUUUUGAGCAUACUUUCUCUAGUUUUCAAAUGUCAGUAAUCAUCUAGUUAUUUAUGGUUUGAAUUGUUUACAUAGCCAGUCUUACAUAGUUGGCUAUUUUUGUGGUGUA